AUUUGGUUCGAUGCUGUUGCUGUUGGUUCUCUGGUUUGGCGUUCUCUUCGUUUUUGCUCGUGGUUGAGCAGUGUUUCUCCUUGGUAUUGUUUGUUGCCGUUGCUCUGUGUUCAUUGCGAAUAGUAUUUAAAUGAAUAGAUUAGUACUUUGUAUGUGGAUGUGAUGUUUCUCGAGCUAUUUUUAUCUUAACGAAAACAUCACUAAGAAAACAUCUUCGCUUGAGGAUCACAAGAAUUUUGUAUUUUACUGACUUAAAUUUUCAUUGGUUAAAGAGUUAAUUUUGUUUGAGGUGUAUGUUAGUUUCUAAAAACAUGUUAACCUAUGCCUGAACACUUGCUUGUGUGUAUAAUAACUGCAAUAUUUAUAAGAAAGUGUUCUGUGGACUUUGUAAUAGUGCUGCUCUGCAUUGGUUUGUUGAUAAAUUAGGGCUUCGAAGCAGGAAAUGGACCUAUAUCCUCUCACAAAUUACACGUUUGGAACUAAAGAACCUUUAUUCGAGAAAGAUCCAUCUGUGCCAGCUAGAUUCCAGCGAAUGAGGGAUGAAUUUGAGAAAAUUGGCAUGCGGAGAAGUGUUGAAGGUGUUUUAUUGGUUCAUGAACAUGGACUGCCUCAUGUGUUACUCUUGCAGUUGGGAACAACAUUCUUCAAAUUACCUGGUGGUGAAUUGAAUCCUGGGGAAGAUGAAGUAGAUGGUCUGAAAAGGCUAUUGACAGAGACUCUUGGCAGGCAAGAUGGUGUAAAACAAGAUUGGGUCAUCGAGGACACUAUAGGAAACUGGUGGAGACCAAACUUUGAACCGCCUCAGUAUCCUUAUGUUCCACCUCACAUCACAAAGCCCAAAGAACACAAGCGGCUAUUUCUUGUGCAGUUGGCAGAGAAGGCAUUGUUUGCAGUUCCAAAGAACUACAAGUUAGUAGCAGCACCAUUAUUUGAACUCUAUGACAAUGCACAAGGAUAUGGACCAAUCAUUUCUUCUCUUCCACAAGCUUUGUGCAGGGAUAUAGUGAAUGCAUCAACUCCCAACAAACAGCACAUUUCUCAGCCUGUAGAAAUUCCAUAG